CCUCCGGCCUGCUGUAAACCGUGUAGCGGCUCUCUGGAACGCCUCCAUCUACUAGGGCGGGCCUUCUCUGUGUCGCUGCUACAGGGAUACCAAGAUGGAAAUCCAGGGGCUUUCUGGUGCCCAAAACUUUCACUCUCAACAUGGCGCCCUACACAGAACCACUUCGUCUACACAAUUAGCGACAAGGUCGAUACCUCGUUUUAUUUCCGCCGACAAUGAAGCGGAUGGACUAUUGGAGUCGCCCGAGCCCCAGAGUGACAACAACAACAACAACAGGCCAAGGACAUCACCGUUUCACCUACUGGCGGAAAAUGGCAGUGGAGCGGCUUGUUCGACUGCCAGCAAACCGCAACAAACCGAUAAAAACAAUUUACCAGGUAAUAGACCGAACGUCGGACUUCAUAACUUGAACACGGAGAGAGAAAAUGAGCUCGACGUAUUGCUUAGUUCACAGGAGUUCGUGAGGACUGCCUGGAAAUACGGGAUAGAAAGCGGGGACAGUGUAAUGCAAAUGGCGCUGCCUCUAUUUGAAGGGGAAGAGGAACCGAUGCCGCAGCGGCAGUUAACGUUACCGUUUCCAGUUUUACGGCAGCAGCGUGAGGACGGCGCCUUCAAGCAGCCCUCACUGGACAGCCACAGUGCUACUGCCCCGGGGUGCUUCAACACGGCAAACAGGACAGAUAAAACCAACCAGGAAUUGUAUGUUGUUUUUAAUGUCGUUCAAGACGAUGGCAACGGUGAAGCAGUCAAACGCCGACCGGAUGUGUCCUCUGAGGGCGGCGAUAAAAUGAAAGGUAAAGGAGCUGAGGGUGGCUCCAUGGAGGUUGGAAAUCGCAGUGACGUUAGUCUCUGUGCUUCUAAUGACAACUUAAACUGUCUUGAUACCCAGUCCCUGAAAAAAACCGACCAUGUUUUCAAUUUACUUACGCUGAGCGACAAUUCGGCUGUGACUAACGCUAAACAGACUGUUUAUCACCACACUGUCGAAGACGUUGUUUUGACAAACAAAUAUGGCGAUAAGAUUUGUGGUCAGAUUUGUACCGAAAACAAUGAAAGUAAACUGGUCAGGGAGCUUUCGUCGCAUUACCGUAUUGACGAGAGCAGUGCCUUGAUUUCAGGGAACUCGUGUGUAGUGGAAGCCAUGGACACCUCGGACUUCAUUUCAGACUCGACGGGGCUGCAGCACUGUGCAAACCCGGUCACGGCCUCCACAAGUCCUCCUGCGGGUGAAACCUUUUCCGGAACUAUCACAAUAAACAACCAAAGCAUCAUAGUGACCAUAGAAAACGGCAUACUGACUCUCGCAGCCCCACCCGAGGGAUAUGUACACAAAGAGGAUGACAUGGUGAGCUUAAAGGAACACCUUGGCAUGAAAGACCAUGAGGAUAUUGUUCUUCUCAACUACGACAGUGGCACUAAAUCCAUCGGGAAGAUCAGCACGCUGGCAGUGUCCAGUCAGCAGGAAGAGCCCAGGCCUAGUUUGUCUGUGGGUGACUCAGAGCUGGCUCUGGUGGAGGACUGCUCAUUGUCUGAGCUUGGAACUUCUCUGGACUCCUGUCCCAUUGUCAAGCAGGAGGCAGGGGUGCUGUGUGCUGUAACGGAGACUGAUCUAGUCACCCCGUCCCUCAAUGCCACUGUGGCUGACUGUGACAAUGGGGACUUCCAGUCUUCACCACUAAUAAGGUCCAAGAAAGAGACUGUGGGCCCAAUUGGAUGCCCAGAACCGGGCUGCUCUUGUACAUUUGAUUCCCGUCAGAAACUUAAGGUUCACCUUCUGAACCAUGCCGAGGACCCACGUCCCUACCAGUGCACCGUAGAGGGCUGCGGCUGGGCUUUUGCCACCUCUUACAAGCUAAAGCGGCAUCUUCAGUCGCAUGACAAGCAGCGGCCACACACCUGUCAGUUUGAAGGCUGUGGGCGGCGUUUCACCACAGUCUACAACCUUAAGGCUCAUGUUAAAGUCCAUGAGCAAGAUAAUGCCUUCAUCUGCCAGAUCUGCAGUGAGAGGUUUCGCAGUGCUACACGACUCACCAAUCACCAGAGGGUCCACUUCGAGCCACAGAGGCCCCACAAGUGUGAAUUCCCAGGCUGUGAGAAAACCUUCAUCACCUUCAGUGCCCUGUUCUCCCACAAUCGCACUCACUUCAGAGAAACGGGCCACUUCACCUGCACCUACCCAGGCUGCGACAAGACGUAUGACAAGGCCUGUCGUCUCAAAAUCCAUAUGAGAAGUCACACUGGUGAGAGGCCGUUUGUCUGUGACUCUGAGGGCUGUGGCUGGUCCUUCACCAGCAUGUCUAAGUUGCUCCGACAUAAACGGAAACAUGACGAUGACCGUCGCUUUGUCUGUACAGAGGAGGGUUGUGGGAAAUCCUUCACCCGAGCAGAGCACCUCAAGGGUCACAGUAUCACCCAUCUGGGCACCAAGCCCUUCCAGUGCCAUGCAGAAGGCUGCAAUGCCAAGUUCUCAGCCCGCAGCAGCCUGUACAUCCACUCCAAGAAACAUAAGCAGGACGCCAGCACCCUGAGGACCCGUUGUCCGGUGGCCAACUGCUCCAAGCACUUCUCCUCCCGCAGCAGCCUUAAGAGCCACAUGCUCAAACACCACCACCUCAGUCCAGAUGUUCUUAGCCAGAUGGAGACCACGCCCACCCUGACCCCCAGCAGCGAGCUCAUCAGCUCCACCCCAGGAACAGUUGCUGGGCCUGGUAUCGCCGGGGGCGAACAGUUGACCAACUUAGACCUCAGCUCUCUGUUCUCUGCUGUGCCUGGUGGCACUGCACCCACUGCUGGCAUUGGAGUGGGAAAUCCUGUCGUUGGGAGCAGCUCUAAUGGCACUUUCACUAUGGACCUCUCCCUGGUCAGCUCAGGCAUCCUUACCAUUGACCCCUCCUCAGUCGGCACCACCAUUGAUACCGGCACUAGCACCACGUUGGCCAAAGCUGUGGACCCUCUUAUCCUGGCAACCAGUGCUGACAUGGGCCCCAACCAUGGUUUGGAAGGAACAGUGGGUGACGUCCUGCCACCACAAGGCACUCUCAAUCUGGAUGAUGUGCAGACAGUUACCCCGGAGGCCCUGGGAACCCUCACAGCUCUCACCUUGCAGGGUGCUGGUGCCUCUGUGGACCCCACUCUGCAGCACCCACUCAGCUCCUCCAGUGCUCUGAGUGUGGAGCCAACAGCCUCCCUGGCAGUCGUCGCUGUUGCUGAGCUGCUAGUCUCACCAUCAAAGGUGGUGGAAGUGGGUUGCCAGGGGGGAGCAGGGCCUCCGCUGGGCUGUGUGGAGGUGCUAGGACCUGACGAGGGAGGAAAAGUCCUUACCCAGUUUGUUUUCGCUAGUCACAGCAGCAGCUUCAACCCACAGAAAGACCAGGAACUCAGUGUUGUAUCACCAAGCAGCUUCCUGGAGAGUGGAGGCUCAGCUAGGACUGAUUACAGAGCCAUCCAGCUGGCCAAGAAAAAGAAGCAAAGAGGUCCUUCAGCCUCCUCUGGGACUUCAGGAUCGAGUCAGAGAAAAGGUAAAGGAGUAAAGGCAGCCUCUGCUCCCUCUGGUGUUCGCUAUGGUGAAGGAGCUGCAGCAGCCAAUGGGGGCCUGACUCUGCGUGACCCCGUCACCGGGGCCCAGUAUGUCCAGAUUCAGCUGCUGCAGGACGACCCAGCCAGUGAUGGUGACCUGGCCUUCCAGCUGAGCUCUCAACCCUCCAGCUCCCAUUCUCAGCUCACUGCUGACCUGCCUGUCAACAUUUUACAGGAACCUUCAGUGAUGACGGAGGACGACAAUGGAUCUGACAAUUCCCAGUUCACAGGAAGCACAAUCAACCUCCAGGACUUGGAGUGAGCACCACAGAGCUCCAGCUGUCCAUAGUUUACAUCAACAAACAUACUCUGAGAUGUUUGACUCAUCUUUUCCCAGGACAUCAUGGACACAUGGUUCAUAUAGUUUUUGGAGGGGGUGGACAUGAGCCCACAGAUAAUGCACCUUGACAAGAAGAGAUGAGGAUUUGUUUGUUCAGAAGAUUAUUAUGUGUUUAUUUCUAAAGUUCACUUUGUACCAAAAUCCAACCUAAGAGCAUUCUGGUGUCAAAGAGACGUGUGAGGCUCUUUGUUCCUCUGUGUCCUGUAACGGUGUGUACUCCAAGGUGCCAUAUUGCCACACAGUGCGCUGUCAACGCUCCAGUUGCCUUACAGACACCUCACGCUGUGCAUUCCGCUGAUGGGUUAUCUGCUUUAUUUGUUGCUAUUUUGAUUUCUUACAGUUUGUUAGAUUUAUUUUUCUAUGGCAGCAGUAAGUCCAUGUUGAAAACAUGCCUGUUCGUAUGUCUUUAUACAAUAUGUAAUGAGUUACUACCUUCUUGUAAUAAUUGUAUUUGUUCAUUAUUUAUUAUUAAGCUGUGGGUUUACAGAAUGGCAGAGCCAAACACAGAGAUGAAUUAAAGAAUCAAAGCACAAUCAGAACAGUUUGUGGGGAGGCCUUUAUUUUACUUUUUAAAAUUCUAAUUAUUUACUUCAUUCAGUGUUUUCUUUUUGACCAGAUAAAAACAGAUUUAUGCGAAAUUAUAAAAUGUACUAAGGAAAGCAAGUGAAUACUAUAUUAAGCAGUACGGGGGAAACAAUUUGGCCAAACCCUAACAAUUUUCCGACCUUGUAAAGAGGAUCUAAUAUAUUCCAGCUCAAUCCAACAUGUACAGUUGAUGAGAUUAAAUUCAAUCAUUUUAUUUAUAUAGUCUAAUAUCGCAAAUUACUUUACAGACUACAGUAUACGACACCCUCUGUCCUUAGACCCUCGCACCGCACAAGAAAAAACUCCCCAAAACAAACCCCACAAUUAAAGGGGAAAAGAUGAGAGUUGAAAUACCAUUAUUGAAGAUGAACCUAAAAUGAACAGAUGAACAGUAAACACUACUCAAUGGUCCACUCUGAAUGUCCCCCCUCAGGCCUGAACUGGGUGUGAGAGGCUCCAAGGGCUUCAUGUGGUAAACAUUUGAUGGGACGCCACUUUGCAGCUACAUAUCAUGUCACCUUGACGACGCCAAAACAUGUUAUGUACAAUUGUGUGAUUUAAUGUGUCGUAUUUUACUGCCUGAUUUGAACUUCUUCCAGGAUCUUGCCUUAGAGAGUGGACGAAAGGUAACUCAAAUAAUCGAUUUAAUCUUUUUUGUCGAAAAGGAUCAUUACGUCAAAUGAAAAGAAAUGAUCGAUGAAUAAACGAGGUGUGUAAUAUA